UUUGUUGAAGCUCUGGGCCCUCCAUCCCCUGCGAAGUUUCUUUGACUUGUGGCGCUCCGAGUGGAAGGCAGGAAAGGAGAACCUGAAAGCCGGCAAGCUGAAACCAGCUGAGGAGAAGGAGACGGAAGAGGUGAAGGAACGAGCUGCUCUGUGGCGACCGAUCCAAGGCGCCUUGACGGGUGAGGAGAUUUUUGAGCUGAAGAGAGACUUUGUAGGAAACAGAGCUUGGGAUACAGAGAUGGAGAGUGCUUUGCUCGAAGAGGAUGCAGCAGCCGUCAUGUCCAAGUCGAAGAAAGUCAAGACAGAGGACAAGGAUAACGAGGACAGCUCUACACGCAUGCUGCUCAAAGAUCCCGUACCCAAAGGAUGUUACAUGGGCGUUGAAGAACUUCUGAGAAGCAGACAAGUGUGGAGCUACAACUCUCUCCUUGACUCUCUUCGCCGUCAGAUCGACUUCUUCAUCAGCGUCAAGCAGGUUCCCAGCAGGUUGGAGCUCCCUGCUGAGCCCCAGACUAGGGAGACCGAACUCCCCAAGCGCAAGACCCUCGUCUUGCAUGCUCCUCCCCCUCCUCCCUGCGACAACAGACCGGAGCUCAUGCCCUUGACCCAAAUCCGGCAGGUUCCCUAUGAUGGGCCGCAGUCGAUACCCAUCCCCGAGCUGCAGCUGCCAGAGGAAGAGGAGCUGCCAACCUUCCGCCCUCCUGUCCCACGAAAAGUCCCCAAGUUGGAACUCCUUGUCGUCUGGGUGCGGAAAGAAUGGAGCAAAUCUGUGCUGCGAUGGAAUCGGUUGACACAACUCAUCUCUCACCGAACGCACAUCCUGAAGAAGCUAAGGAAGUACGGGAAGCAGAUCCCAGUAGAGUAUCUCCUCCUGCCCAACACGACGAGGCUGAAGCCGUAUCCUGUCGGGGUCUACCGUAGACCCAAGAAGCCCGUCCUGCAGGAUGAGCAUGUGGUCGCCGAGCCUCCUCCCAAGCCUCCUCCUCUCAAGAAGAUCCCAAACUUCGACUACACCUCCUCCACCUCCAUCCCCAGCAGGCCCAUACAGCCCCCGCUAGACAUGCUCAUGCACCGCGUGAUGGGCGAGGCGCCAAUCUUCAUCACCGACUUCUCGGGAACGAUGACGGGGGAGAGGCAGAGACAGCUCAAGGAGCUCGUCGCCUGCUUGCUCCGUCCGCUUGGCCCCGUUCGGAGGAGGACGCGGAU